AUGGCUUGGAAUGGCAGCUUCGGCGAUGACGAUGAGGGCAGCGGCCUUGAGCUCAGCCUGGGCCUCCCGGGCUACUUCUCCGGAUCGCCAACCCAAGCUGCAGGUGCCGCCGCGUUCAUUCAUGUUUCGAGGAGAAAGCGAGCGGCGGCUGCUGCUGCUGCUGCUGCUGCGCGAGCGAAGGGAAGCAAUGGCUUCAAGGCCAGGUCGGCGGCAGCUGCUCCGGUCGUGGGAUGGCCGCCGGUGCGCGCAUUCCGGCGGAACCUCGCCUCGUCGUCGUCCUCCAAGCCGUCCCGCGAGCCAUCAAGCCAGAGAGGCAAGGAGCCCGCAAGCGCCGGCGGCAAGGCCGUGGAGCCCGGGAACAAGGGCCUGUUCGUCAAGAUCAACAUGGACGGCGUCCCCAUCGGCCGGAAGCUCGACCUGGGCGCGCACGCCGGCUACGACACGCUCUCCGCCGCCGUCGACCACCUCUUCCGCGGCCUCCUCGCCGCUCAAACGUCGGGAUCAGGCGGGGAGCGGCAGGCGGUCGCGGGGAUCCUGAACGGCGGCGGCGAGUACACGCUGGUGUACGAGGACGACGAGGGCGACCAGAUGCUGGUCGGGGACGUGCCGUGGCCGAUGUUCAUCGCCUCCGCCAGGCGCCUGCGCGUGCUGAGGAGCUCCGAUCUCAACCCGUCGUCGCUGAGGGCAGCGAGCAGGAAGAGAGCUGCAGCUGAGUGCUGA